UUAAGCAGCAAGAAGACCAACUCAGGUCCAACAGUUUAGUAAAAAAAGAAAAAGAAAAACAACAAAUUCAUUUGGAUAUAGUUUUUGAACUGUUUGACCCUAUCGACAUUUUCAAACAUUCCGACCCGGAGUAGUUGAACCCCACAACGGAUUAUUAUUAUAUAUUUUUUUUUAAACAACAAAUAAAAUCAACAACUGCAGUGUUUUACGUCUGAGUGUGUGCAGCAGUUUUCAGAGUGUGUAGCCGAUGACAUCGAAUAGCCUUGCCAUGACGAACCCACUCGGAAUUCGUCCUCUACUUGGCGGCUAUCCUUUCCAAGGCCAGGGACGUGUUAACCAACUGGGCGGUGUCUUUAUCAACGGCCGGCCGUUGCCCAACCACAUCCGCUUGAAGAUCGUCGAACUGGCGGCGGCCGGAGUCCGUCCGUGCGUCAUCUCGCGACAAUUGCGCGUCUCCCACGGCUGCGUCUCCAAGAUCCUCAACCGCUACCAAGAGACGGGCAGCAUCCGCGCCGGAGUCUUGGGUGGAACGAGACCCAAAAGCAGUUCGUCAGGAUCUUCUGGAAGCACCACACCGGCCGGCGGAAGCAAUGAAGUUGAACGCAAAAUGGACGACUACCGACGGGACAAUCCCAACAUCUUUUCAUGGGAAAUUCGCGAUCGUCUCAUCAAAGAUGGAAUAUGCGAUAAAACAUCCGCACCGUCCGUCUCGUCCAUCAGCCGACUGUUGCGCGGGCCUCGCGGCGAAGGCCACGGCAGCGAUGAUUGCGGCAGUAGCCUAGAUGGAAUCAGCGUCGAUCCUCACCGUCCACAACACGAUCACACCAUCAACGGUAUAUUAGCAGGCCGGUCGAGCGAAGAUGAAGAUUCAUCGGAUAUCGAAUCGGAGCCUGGCAUUGCGCUUAAGCGGAAACAGCGCCGAUCGCGGACCACCUUUAGUGCCGACCAGCUGGAAGAGCUGGAACGAGCAUUCGAGCGAUCGCAAUAUCCGGAUGUCUACACAAGAGAAGAACUGGCUCAGAAGACUCGUUUAACGGAAGCCAGAGUUCAGGUGUGGUUCAGCAACAGGCGGGCUAGGUGGCGUAAACAUAUGGGAACGUCGCAACAUCAACAUCCCAAUUCAGGAGGAGGAGUCGGACAGUCAUCGGGAUCGAGUAUAGGCUCCCUAAGUCUGCCUUACCAGAGCCAACCGGCUGCUGCUUCCAGCCAAUAUAAUGCAGCUACAUCCGAAUCGGGUGGAACCAUGUCAGAUCGCUGUUGGCCGGAUCGCACGAGUGGCAGUAACUUCCUGUUUCCGCAAUCGACCAAUGCCGGAGGUGUGGCCAGUUCGGCUUUCAAUCCAGCUGAAUCUUUCGGACAAUUAUUCGCUACCGCAGUUACGCCAAGCGGCGGACUGAGCAAUUACACUCCGACUUCUGCUUCCGUAUCGUCGGUUGGUGUUGAGUAUCCAUCGCAUCCGCAUCACCAUUUGCCAUCUACACUCAGCGAAACGGGCUGGAAUGCGGUGAAAUCGGGUGGAGCCGGAAGCGGCUCGAAUGCCAUCGGAAACGAAAUGCCAUGCUGGCCUUCGGCCUCUUCUUCGUUUAACGGAUUCGACAACUACAAUGGCAUUGCUACCGGCGAAAUGUUUAUGGGCCAUCACCACCAUCAUCAGGGCUACGGUGAUGUUGGCAAAGCUGCGUCGGCCUCCUUCUCGUACGGCCACCAUCAUCACAAUCCGGCCGUUGUGGGUUCCGCUGCCGCAGCCGCCGUGGCAUAUCGAAACUAUAAUUUAGCGAAAGGAACCAGCGGUGCGGCAGCCUCAUUCGGAUUUUACUAAAAAUAAAAAUUUAAGUUUGAUAUUUCGAAAAUGAAAGAGCGGGAUUUUGAACAAAUCUCAGGAAUGACGCUCAUAACCAUUCAAACGUAACUACUUGAUCUACAUAUUUACGAAUGCCUUAAAUAUGAUAUCACCUUAUCAAACAACUUACUAGUUCAUCGGGUUUUUUUAAUGUUCCAGUGCUAAAACAUAACAAUGCCUUUUAC